AUGCGAGGAGAUCUAGAGCAAGUGGCCUAUCUCAUGAGGCUAAUGGUGCAAGGAGCCACGGGGUUCCCGGCUCAACCUGUGCAGACUCACCCGGUGCAGGUCACCACUGCCCUGCCAGCAAUAGCAACACCUACAGCCACCACAGCAGUCGCUCUGCUAGUGCCUACUCCCGCCGUAGCCCCGGCACCAGUUCCAGCUCCGGUUGCCCCAGUGCCAGCAAUUGCCCCUCUUCCCAUCCCUGCCCCAGGACCAACUCCCGCUCCUGCUGCGCCCGCCGUUCUGGUCCCACCAGCACCAGCUGCGCCCACCACUCCAGUCCCACUGGCGCCCGGCGCAGCCGCCGUUCUGGUCCCACCAGUGCCAGCUGUGCCCGCUGUUCAGGCACCACUGGCGGUCAUCCAGCAACCGCUUCCGGUGCAACCCGAGGGAGCGGGUCCUGUAGUCCCGGUGGUGCAAAGAGCCCAGAGGAUACAACCCUAG